GAGAGCAGAUCACUGAGAGGAGGGAGGGGGGUUGUUGCAUGCUCACACAGCCAGAGAUAGAGUGAUUCCAUGAGCAAGAAAGAAGCACAGAGAGGCAGAGCCCAAAGCAAAGAUGGGGAGAGAGCACCAAGGCAGAGGCAGUUGGCAGGAGUGAGGUCUGCACACAUAUGUAAGCACAGGCAAGGAGAGAGGAGGAUAGUGGAGGAGGUUGAAGGAGAGCCAGAGGAGAAGGAGACAGAGAGAGAGGGAUGCAAGAUGAUGGAACCCAGAAAUAGGCUGCUCAGGACAGCUCUUCAUCUCAGCUCUCUGCGGCAGACAUGACUCUGAGCACUGGACUGUGCUGAAAUUAACCAGAGGGACAACACAGGACAGCAGGUCUAUAGUACACUGCCUUGGUUCAGCCUCACUGGAUGCAGCAAGGGAGUUGAUUUAUUACUGAGGCGCUGGGUGAUAGCGUGUUUGUGUGUGCAGCGCUGCGUGUGUGUGUGUGCAGGUUUUUAUAGGUUCCUGAGGUGCUUGGAGAUGUGGGAGCAACCAUUCCUUUAGUCAUAAAAUGACGUUCAGCAGGAAGAGGCUUUGUGUGCUGGUGAGCAUCUGUGGUCCUCGAUAGGGAGAGGGAAGACUGUGAUUCAGAGCUGUCACUCGAUGCAAGUGUGUGUCUUGUCAGAGCUAUUAACUGAGGUAAGAAUCAGCUAAAUGUCGCGCAUGUGUGUUUAGGUUCAAACAGCAAGGGUGCUGCAAAGGCACAGAUCACUCACAAUGCAAGGACAAGCACAGAGCAGCACUGAUGGUGGGGAGUGCAGCUAAGGUACACAGAGUGUCCCGGGGGUUGGGUAGAGGACGAGAAGAGGCAAAUGGAAAAGAGAGGGUGAUCAUGGCUGUCAUUGGUGAACUAUAGCAUAUGCUGUAGCGUAGAACAGACUGGUGCGGCAGAGAGAGGGCAAGCAUCACUGCAUAGGGGAGGGGAGAGACUGAGGGAGAGAGGAGGGGGAGGUAAUCAGCUCAGUACCUCUCUUUCACCAGGAAGAGAAGCACAACAGGACAGGCCCAGGAGGACACUCACUCACACACACACAGUCAAAAAGGACCUGACUAGUGAGUUGAUCAGUGUGUGGAGGUCAGAAGGGAGCUGGUGUGACACAGGGGGCUGGGUUUACCCCACACUGGCUGGCAGGUCUACCAGAGCAGAAGCUGAUCCUUGAUUGAAGAAGAAGACGAAGUAGAAGAAAGAGGGGUCGACUCCCCAAGUGCUGUUUCCUCUGACAGCUCUGCCACCUUUCUGUCACCAUGGGGGAAUGGACAAUUUUGGAGAGGCUGCUGGAGGCGGCUGUCCAGCAGCAUUCUACCAUGAUUGGAAGGUGGCCAGAAAAAGGAGACCACAGGGAUAUCCGUGUUGCUCUGUUUCUGCUGGAUAUGAUCCUGCUGACUGUGGUGGUGAUUUUCCGCAUCCUAAUAGUCGGCAUAGUUGGUGAAAAGGUGUAUGAGGAUGAGCAAAUCAUGUUCGUCUGCAACACUUUGCAGCCUGGCUGCAACCAGGCCUGUUAUGACAAGGCCUUCCCGAUCUCACACAUCCGCUUCUGGGUCUUUCAGAUCAUCCUGGUGUGCACGCCCAGCCUGUGCUUCAUCACAUACUCUGUUCAUCAGUCUGCUAAAGCCCGCGACCGCAGCUAUUCUCUGCUGCAUCCUUUCAUGGAUCAUCACAGUCACGGUCACCACGGUCGGCACCAUGACCAUCACACUCGCAAGCUUCAUGCACGCAACAUCAAUGGCAUCCUGGUGCACCCUGACAGUAGCAAGGAGGAUCAUGACUGCCUGGAGGUCAAGGAGAUCCCCAAUGGACCUCGAGGUCUCCCUCAAACACACAAAAGUCCUAAAGUGCGGCGACAGGAAGGCAUCUCACGUUUCUACGUCAUCCAGGUGGUGUUCCGCAACGCACUUGAGAUUGGCUUCCUGGCCGGCCAGUACUUCCUCUAUGGUUUCAAUGUUCCGGGAAUGUUUGAAUGUGAUCGCUACCCAUGUGUGAGGGAGGUGGAAUGUUAUGUGUCUCGUCCCACAGAAAAGACCGUCUUUCUGGUCUUUAUGUUUGCAGUGAGUGGCAUAUGUGUGGUGCUCAACCUUGCUGAGCUCAACCACCUCGGCUGGAGGAAGAUAAAGACGGCCAUGCGAGGGGUGCAGGCUCGAAGGAAGUCCAUUUGUGAAGUGCGCAAGAAGGAUGUUUCACACCUGUCCCAGGCCCCCAACCUGGGCAGGACCCAGUCUAGUGAGUCAGCUUACGUCUGACAGAGGCUUCUCUGUCUGGAGGCUCGAGGAUGUCUUAGAUUUUGGAGAAGAGUUUUUCCCUGGCCCAGGACUUGAGAACAUUAGGGCACAAAACUCACCACUGCAUUAUUAUUCAGGAGCACAGACAUACUCUGUGUAGUCAUGAAGACACAUCAAUUCACAAGGUAGAAACUGUGACACAAAGAUGAACCACUUUCCUUAAAAAGCAACUAUGUUGCUGGGACGAAGCUUCCACCUCAAGCUUACAUGCAGGAGAGUUCUGCUCUGUCGAGAGGACACUCGGUGCCUUUUAAAGAAACAACAGAUACUGAGCAAUGAAUUGGGAAUGACAUCAAAUUAAAAAUGCUAUGUCUGAGGUUGAAUUAUCUGAAGUUUUUUUUUUAUUAUUUGCCAAUGCUGUAGGUUAGACAUAAUCCCCUCAGUUUUUAGUUAUGUGCGCAUAUGCAAGAGCUUAAGCGUGUGCAUGCAUACGCAUGUGUAU